GGAUUCGACACUCUCUUUUACAUUAUGGCGCCAUUCAGCUAUCAUGCCGCACCAGAAACACCAGAGCACAACAGAAGCGAGAAUCCACCCGCGACGAAAAUGCUUCAGUCGAGUUUCCGCGCAGAAUCACGCUUCCGGCCAUGGCGACCUGUAAAGCUGAGGCGAGGCUUUUUGCUGUUCUUCGCGGUAUCAUGCACAGCACUUGUUGCGUCGCUGCAAGUCCUUGAUACAGAAGUCCACCGUCACCAGGGCAUCGAUGCUAGCCAAGAGGCCGUCGUCAAUUGUCUGCGCUACCUGCCAACAGUGGCUGCUGUUUUCUUGGGAUUCAUCUGGCGCUCCCUCAUAUCAGACUUGAAGCUCAUGAUGCCGUGGUCAGCAAUGACAGACCGGAUAGCCCCAACCUCUAUUUCUCUGCAAGCCAACUAUGUCAAUGCUGUCGACAUCUUCUCUAUGUGGACGGCUGCUCGAAGGCGACAAUGGCCCUUGUGCUUCGGCCUGCUGGGCGGAUUAAUCGCGGCUGUCCUAGUAUCUUUCACCAACGCCUUGACAUACGUCGAUGCUACUGCCAAGGUUUCGGAAGACGGCGUAGGAUUCACCGGGACUUCCGACUUCAACCUCACCAGUCGCUUCGUGGACAGCAAUGGCUCACUUACGAUGGCCUGGAACUAUACUGGAAGUCAGCCUUAUGCAGGUGUGACCAGCUCUCAGCAGCGAAAUGGGAAGUAUCCACCCUGGACCAGUGAUGGAUACGUUUUCACGACAUUUGCAACCAAUCAAUAUCCCGGACAAAUCAUCAAUGGUACUCUGAGUGCAACCGCCACUGCAUUCUCUGCUGGUCUCGACUGCACUCCCAUUAGAAUGUCCGUGGUAAAGCCACCAGUGUGGUCAGAGGAAGAGGUCAGCAACGGUGUGACGACGUGGUGGAGAGCCAUGCAACCUAACGUGGAUGAUCUUGCUCGAGCCCGGUGUGACGCCCUUCCACAGAUCAACCUCACGGUCGUGCCAGGUUCCGUGACCAACCACUACUUCUUAUACCGUGGGAGCCAAACAGCUUGGAAUAUGCUAUCUGCUGGUGUUGGCUUGCCUGCUGCAUGGUUCAAUCUGACAAAGUGCCGAAACUCUGCCACGGAAUCUAUCAGAAUCUGGGCGCACAUUCUUCGUCCAAGAGGCGGCCAACCGACCGCAUCAGACCUGGACGUCAGCAGUCUGUUGUGCGAUCCAUGGUACGCAAUGCAGAAUGCGUCAUUAAGUGUCAAUGCUGGCACCGGCGAAGUGGUGUCUUACGCUCUAACUGACGCUGCAAAGCCUUUCCAUCCUGGUACGAUCACUCCGGACGUUCUUGUGACAUACCUCAACAAUCCUCUGGACGGUACAUCGUUGGAUGCCUAUCAUAGAACGUCGUGGCAAGGCUCAUUCGCGCCAAACUCGCAAAUUGUUAUCCCACAAGCCUCGUACAUCAAUGUCACCAGUUGGGCCGACUACUACUUUGCCGUCGCUGGAAGGGACCCAUUCUUCGCUCAGAUGCUAAGUGGUUACAAUGCCUCGCUCACUGAUGCACUCCUCAAUAACAGUACGAAAUUUGCCAUCGCCACAUCCUCGUUAGUUGGCAACUAUGUCGUGCAGCUCGCGAACACCAUGGCCCGGGAAAGUCAAAACUCUACCCUGAAAGGCACGAUUGUCGUCAGGCAACCGCGAGUCCUUGUUCGAGAUUGGGCUCGCCGUGCAGCGCAAGCCUCCUUAGCUUGCCUUGCCGUCAUUUGCGUCCUCUUAGCGACCUUACUUCGCGUAAGAUCAUGUCUCAACGAAGACUGCGGUACCUUGGCAGCGAUUGCUGUGCAUCUUGCAAACAAUCCGAAUGUUGAGCAAGCCAUGCUUAGGGAACUAGAUGGCCUUCCAGUUCUCAGCGGAUUCGCUUGGACUCGUGCAUCCCGCAGUGACCGUGGCGCGGUCCAGAUCGAUCUUAUUCCAAAAGAGACCGUCGAAGCUACAAGUCAGACGCACUUGUUGGCUGAUAGAUAUAGACCCACUACAUUGCACUGGCUAUACAUCACAGGAGUCAUGAUCAUCAGCCUGGCACUGAUCGCUAGUGCUGCGGAGACGCUACGUGAGGCGUUGUAUGGGCUCAUGAUCUCGAAAGGCUUCAAUGAGUGGUUCGCGAAGAAUGCCUUUGCCUUUGUUCCAACUAUCGUCUUGCUGCUUUUGGGCCACGGUCUAGGCGGUUUAGGUGAUUCAGUCACUCGUCUUGAGCCAUAUCGCAAUCUGCGAAGGGGGAGCGGUAGGCCUGGUCGGGAAACCGUGCUUUUCAACCCCAUCAACCACUCUGUCUUCUCCCUGCCAUACAGGGCAGUCGACGGGUUUGGCAGUCUGGUUCUCCUCUUCGUGUCUUUGCUUGUCGUGAUCUACCCGGGGGUCAAGAUUGCUGCUGCCGGGAUCUACAAGCCGUCAACGUCCGCUCGACUUUCCCAAGAGAGGACGAUGAGUCUUGACUCGAGCCUGGUAGACAAUUUCGAAAGCACAUACGAUCUCCCGCACAGUGUGACUGGUGGUAUCACCGACCGUGCAUCGCAGUGGAGCGAGUGGUCUCGGAUCAAAGAAUUCAAUCUGCCGCCUCGCAUCGACGCCUUGGACAAACUGGUCUUCACUGAAUUACAAGGUGACGUGGGGAAUGCCGCGUCCGUUCAUGCUGUCAUUCCAGCCAUCGAGGUCAACGUGACCUGCCAACCAUACGACAACGAAGACUUCAGCUUGUGGGUAAGUCAGACCUACAAUGCCUACUGGGGUACACUUCCGUGCUUCAUGUUUCGACCUGAAACUCGGCACGUCGACAAAACCGGUGCCGCUAUGGUCGACUAUUACGCCAUGAGGAUGCUUCAGAACUCAAUCACCGCCUCAAAUUAUAUCGGCGCGGCCUUUUUACCCGUGAACAGAAACACAGGCACUGUGCUGCCAGGUACUCCGUACACAAUGCUGCUUGCAGACUACAGCAGCGUAACUUCCGGCAUCGCGAACGAGACGUACGUUCCCGUUAUUCAACCCAGGGACCAAAGCAAACACAAUAUUAUACAAGACAGUGCGAUUGAAGCAAAACCCGGCAUGUUCAACGUCUCUCUGCCCACCAUCCGAGGCGUUGUGUGUACCCGGGAGUUUAACAAGGUCUCUGUUGAGGCGACACUCAUGCAAGGAGUGCGAGUAGGGCUGAACGACUCUUCCACACUCCUUCCAUGGGCCGUGGCCAGUUACGACGACCGGACGAUAAAAGACCGCACACCUUACGACCGCUCGACGCCCGGCUGGAUGUUUCCGUACUACCCGGCCGAUUCAAUGUCCCUUCGCAAUUUUUGGAACGACGCAGCAGCCGGGGGCAACGUUGCCGAGGUGGUGGGCAAGACUCUCUGGCCAUCAAAGGGUACUAGCCGGAACGUUUGGGAGCAGCUCGCGGUGCUCCAGCGGUCCAAGGUCGGCCAUGACAGCAUCACGAGCUCACUGCUCGACGCCAACGAGCUUGCAAGAAGUGUUGAGGAGCUACUAACGGCGUAUUCAAUCCAGAUGUUGUCCGAGCUGCGUCCCUAUACGUCCCAGUUGGCCAACACGACCAGCAAACGAGGUGUCAACGUGAACACGAUCCCUGUCCAAGUUUGCGGACGCAUCCCAACGGUUCAACAAUCAGCAACAAUAACCUAUGUCAUCACUGCCAUACUGGCGACCGUCAUUGUCUGGCCGCUCUCAGCCGCGUCUCCAUACCUGCCUUUCCUUGGCAGGGAGCGCGAGGGACUUGAUCUCCGAGAGCCGCCGGGUUCAAUUGCGGCAGCGAUGACAUUGUUGGCCGGCAGUAGGCUGGUACAAGAGCUGCGUAUGCAAAGCGUGACGCGGACGGAUCAGACGGAUAUUUGGGUGCGCAAGUUCCGGCUUGGAUGGUGGGAGGAGGACACGGGAAGCAAGAAAGCGGAGCCGGGAAGGAGACGCUGGGGCAUUGAUGUUGUGGAAUAGGGGCGACAGACUCAUGUCUGUUAAACGCAAAGGCCAAACUGUCACUCCAGUCCCUUCUUGGUCCUCCCUGAUCGUAUGCAUUCGCCGCGUACGCUGAAGCUGCACCAGUGACUUCUAUGUAUGCGGUACACCGCUCCAAGGACAGCGAGAUCGACUCGUUUUAGGUAUAACAUUGUCAGAGAACAACUA